AUGGAGUCAUUAUCCCAUUUGACACCGAUAGACAGGGAAAUUCUGAACAAGUCCUGGGGAAUUGUGUCCAAAGACAUGCAACAAGUGGCUGUAAAUAUAUUCCAAAUGAUAUUCGAACAAGCUCCCGAUGCAAAACUCAUGUUCUCCUUCAUGAUGAAAGACUAUAAAGAGGACAAAAAGAGCAACGAGUUCAUUUUUCACGCAGUGCGGUUUUUGCAGGUUAUCGAGUCAACAAUGACACAUUUGGAAGAUCCUGCUCAACUCGACGCGGUUUUUCUAAAUUUGGGAAAAAUCCACGCAAAACAUGAAGAACAGCUGGGUUUUAGCGCUCAUUAUUGGUCGGUUUUCAAGGAAUGUGUGUUGUUUCAUUUUCGGAAAGCAAUGAAAUCACAUAAUAAGUUCCACAAGCGAAAUGAAAUGUCGUUUGCCGAAAUCGAUUCGGCCAUUAUUCUGUGGCGGGAGGUGCUCCGCUUCAUCAUUGAUCGCAUGAAGGUCGGAUAUUCCGAGUCGGGAGCUAUUAGAAAAUCCAAUAAACAGGCAAUAAACGGCCAGCACUCGAUAUCCGGCGAUGACUCGGGCCUAAGCUCGGGCUUAAGCGUCGAAACGAAACAGGACCUUACUCAGGUGAAAAUUUCUGCAUUUUCUGGCAGACAACAUCGCACGGCUUCCACCCGUCACAGCUUGGCCUACAUAACUGCCACACCGGCAGAGCCGAUGACGUCAUCGACCUGUAACUUUCUGAAAACGCUGGCCUCAAUGUCGCCGAAAUGUGUUAGACGACGAUUUUCAGCAUCUCCAAAUGCUAGAAUGCAUGUUUAAAAUGAUAUUUUUGUAGUUAUUGUGAUUUUUCAAUAUUUAACAAUUUUUUAAAUUUUUAUAAAAAAAUUGAAAAAAAUAGAUU